AUAAAAACUGCGUUGUCUAUUUUGUCAGAUUUUGGAUUAUGUUUGACAAUCUGUCAUGCAUAUUCAUUACGUUCAUAUCAAUAUGCAUCACGCAGAAAAGUGGCGCUCUUUGCGUGGUUGCGUCACAGGGUGAUUCCUGUCGAGACCGCGCGUAGCCCAGACGUUCAAGACUUUGUUGAAUGCAGUUGCAAAAAGCUCGAUUUAGAUUUUUCGAUAUUCGAAAACUGCUAGCUAACUUGCUAUUUUUCAUCUUUGCCUCGCGUUUGUGGAUACAAUCAAGGUGUCAGCAGUUUUGUACGUUAGAUCUAAAGCCAUCAGCUUAAAUUCGCUGGUGAUCAACGAGGAUCGAAGACGAGACCACCACCAUCAUCAUCGAUAAUUGAGGUCUGGACGAAAUAAUACACGGUCCAGUUUAAUUUUAGCUGGACCAUGAUCUAAUCGUCGAAAAAUCUGGUCGUUUGCUUAGUAUUACAGUUUUGAUGACUAAACUACUCUGAGCAUAUGGCAUAACGUUACCUCCCUUCGGUUGUGCGGUAGCUUAUUAGUUAUCUGUUAAAUUCAAAAGCACCCGGACUCGCAUAUAUUUUCAACUGGAAGAAAUUUCGCUUUUCCUCAAAGUGACUCAAGAUCAUUAGCAGGAAAUCAAACAGCCAACACCAAGAACCACCCAACUUUGUGGUACUAACGUAACGUUACCCCACCAUGUUGGGUAUUGUGGAUCAUCACCAAGACACCGUCCGGAAUUGUAAAACGGAGGCUUUGCCUCCAGAGCGUAGGAAGAGGACCGUAGAGGAUUUCAAUAAGUUUUGCAGCUUUGUCCUGGCCUAUGCUGGGUACAUUCCACCUCAGAAAGAAGAGAGUUCAUGGUCUCCAUCUUCAUCUCCAUGUGCACACGAGCUUUCUGAGCUCUCGGGCGAAGGGUCCGUAAAGGAUAGCUGGACGGAUGCACACUCCAGCCUCGACAACAUUCACAGUUUGGUCCACAAAGCUGAGACCGACAGGAGCAGCACAGAGUUCAGCCAUCUUCAGUCGGAGAGCUCCUUAGACAAGAUGAGAUUGAACCAGAUGCAUCUGCAUAGUAAAGCUGAGCGGAAGAAGGUGAAGAAACUCGGACGCUUCUCUUUAGGAGGGCCGAGAAAAAGCAUCUCGGAGGCAAGAGCGCACAAACAAUCGAAAGCAGCACUAAAGAAAAUAAAGAGAUCGGUAAAGGCUGAGAGACACUUUCCAUCCACAAGCCCUUUGAACGAGGGGCUUCAAAAGGAGGAGGAGCUAACAGAACAGGCCAUACACAUGCAUGAGGCGGGGCUUAAACUGGAGUCCAAUCAAGAAACAGACCUGAGCUCUUGCGAAACGGACACAUUGGUGACUGAUGAGGAUAUUAUGGUAGAAUCUGGUGAUGAUUCAUGGGAUUUGAUUACGUGUUAUUGCGGGAAGCCUUUUGCCGGACGUCCCAUGAUUGAAUGUGACGAGUGCUCCAUAUGGGUCCAUCUCUCCUGCGCUAAGAUUAAGAAGUCCAAUGUACCUGAUAUUUUCUACUGCUACAGAUGCAGGGACUCUCGUGGGUCCACGGUUAAAAGAGACCACCGAGAAUGAAUGUAUGGGAGCAGAUCCUGUGUGUAUAUUUAAAUGAAUGAGACGUUCUCAUACCUGUGCUGUUUACCAUUCUGAUUACUCUUAAUUAGUUUCUGUUAAAUUAAAAAAGUUGAUUUAUAUGACUCCAUUUGUUCUCCUUCGUUCUGUUUUGAAAGGCUGCUCUUGGUUUUUCAGGUAUAAGGCAUACUAAAACUCAUGCACUUAUUUGCAUUAAUAUACGUCAAGAUGGAUGAAUCUCACAAAACCAGUCAAGGCAAAUUGACCGUAUUUUAGGACAAUUAAGAUUUUGUUAAGCACAGGUGUCGCACUAAACCAACACACCUUAUUUGGGUCAUGGAGCACUGUAUGAAAGACUUAAUAAGUGCAAAUAGGAGUGGUAGAUAAGGAACACCUCCAGCUCAGAUCUUUACAACUCUCAAACGCUGUUCAAAUCAAUGUAAUUGUUUUUUCUAAGUAACGUUUUCAGCCUUGUGAUGAAUAUCCUCACUUUUAUUGUUACAGGAUGUUCUCAGAUUAACCUUUGACCAUUGUAAAGCAGAUAUCGUCAGCGUAUUUAGAAAGUUUUACGGCUUGAUUUGUGUUAUUUGUGUAUUCUGUCAAAAACAAUGGUAGAAUCGAGUUUUUGAUUUUAAGACUGAAAACAGAUUUCUCUUAUUUUGUUCAUGUGUCCUGCAUCCCAGUGUAAAUAGUACAUGUAUGUACAGGUGUAUAUGUUUGAAAGAUGACGAAAUGCUAUAUUUUUCUGACCAUUUACAGCAGUGAAUUCUAAAAAAUAAAUGUUCU